AUGCCAGGGUCCUCUGGCGAGAGUGCUGGGAGUGUCACGAAACGGCUAAGUAACGAACUCAUGACCUUGAUGAUGUCUUCCUCACCCGGGAUUACUGCAUUUCCCAAAUCCGACGCCAAUCUGUUUGAAUGGGCAGGCAGGAUAGAAGGCCCAGCGGGCACUAUAUACGCUGGCCUCACGUUUAAGAUUUCCAUCUACUUCCCUCCGAAUUACCCAUACGCUGCUCCCACAAUCAAAUUCGAUACACCUUGCUUUCACCCGAACGUCGAUCUCGUUGGCGGAGCAAUAUGUCUAGACAUCCUGCAGGAUAAAUGGUCGGCUGUGUACAGCGUGCAGACCAUCCUUCUGUCUCUGCAGUCUCUCCUAGGCGAGCCAAAUAACGCUUCACCCCUUAACCCUGAUGCUGCAAAUUUGUGGGACUCACCAGAAGAGUUCAGAACACAGCUCAUGAAGCAUUACCGUCCGGUGAAUGAAGAACCUACUGCGUAG